CCCGAGGGAUCAAAACGAAAAAGAGAGAGAAAAGAACAGCCUCUAGUUAUUGAUCAGAUAAGGUCUCAGUUAAAAGAAAGGAUUUAGUAUGUGGAGUACCUAACUAGCAAGACUAAUUAAGCUAAACACAGACAAGACUCACAAGAGAUCCGUGAAUCACUACGAUCAACUUUCUACCCUAACCCCUGUUCAGUUUCUGCUACGUACCACUCUUGGUUUGAUCCAAAAUCACUCCUCAAGUUGUUCAGACUCCACAGGAGGAUCUUUAACAUCCUAAAGUGCUUUCAGGAUUCAGUUAUGCAGCACAACAACUCCAACGAUGGCCCAAACGAGACGAGGUUGAGUAUUCGGGAUUGGAAUCAUCUGGAUGUGGAGGGGAAAGCAAAGAAGAUUCAGCAAGCCAACUUGAUUUCUGGUGGGAAAUAUAGGCCAAGGGAUGCGAUAUUUGUACUGUCUUGCGUUGUUGGAUUCUUCAUAGAUCCUUUCUUCUUCUACAUUUGGAUCAUUGACGACAAUAAAAAGUGUAUAUUCGAAGAGAGCAAGCUGCGGAUAUCAUUUCUCGUUUCACGAUCUGUAGUAGAUUUCUUCUAUGUUGCGGCCAUUAUGCGAAAUUGUGGCACACGAAGUUCCGGCUACACAUCUCGGCGCAUUAAACUACUUCGCUUUCUUUUGGCAUUUAAUCUUGCUUUCCCCUACCCUCAGUUGGCUGUUCUGGCCGACGACCCUACUGGGCCUACUCUACUCCUUUUCUACUCCCAAUAUAUGUCCCGGAUUAGUCAAAUCUACGAAUGGGUCAAACACAUUAACAUUGAGACUCGAUACGGAAGAUGGGUUAAAGGGGUAUCGGAUCUUUGUCCUUUCUUCCUCACUGCUCAUCUUGUCGGAGCGAUGUGGUAUUUUUUCGCUAUUCAUAAGGAGACGAGCUGUUGGCUAAAAGCCUGUCGAAAUAAUGCACCGUAUGCUCCUGGACUUACUUAUGUAUACUGUAGAGGACGAGAGACUCUGUCAAAAAGAAAUUGUACUGAUGUCAUAAAUAAAUCAUGCCCUACAAAUCCAUCGGUGUCGCACUUUGGUAUGUAUCUUGAUCUUAUUAAGUUUAAUACAACGAGGACAACAAAUUGCGGGUCAAAGCUGUUGCAGUGCUUCACGUGGGGUUUGCGAAAUUUGAGUUCUUUAGGUUCAAACUUAGAGGCGAGUUCAGACACAGAGCAAAACGUCUUUAUAAUUUUCAUUUCUAUAAGCGGCAUAAUACUAUACUUGAUAUAUAUCAACGAACAAAUGCAGACAUAUAGGCAGUUGGCAAAGAAGCUAUCAAAGAAGCUUAAAUUCAACCGGAAGAUACAACAGAUAUCUCCAGACGUAGAUUUGUGGUUGUACAAAAAUGCCGAUAUCCCAAAGAAGAUGAAGACGGUGAUCAUGGAUACUGUACGAUAUAGAGUGGAAGAGGACAAAGAUUUUCAUGUGGAAGAUAUCAUCUCUAUUCUUAACCCAGUUCAUAGAAGAUUCAUCAUGCGCCCUCUUUGCCUGGAUAUUCUAAAGACAGUGCCACUGCUUGAACACAUGGACGCUCAAGUGUUGACAGCAAUCUCCGAGCAUAUUAACUGGGUGUUCUAUGCCGUAGACAGCUAUAUUAUUCGAGAGGGGGAACCACUCCGAAAGAUGUUCUUCAUCAGGCAAGGAACUGCAUUGACCUACACAACUUGCAUAGAUCGGAGUCAUCAAUAUCGGGCCAGCGGAGGAAGCACGAGUGGUUCUUCGAUCACCAACAACCUUGAGAAAGAUGAUCUCUAUGGGGCAGAGCUUCUAGAGUGGGCGUUCAGUUUUGGCUCCUUUACGAACUUGCCAGCUUCAACAAGAACUGUUGUGCCCCAAGAAAGAGUUGAAGCUUUUGUCAUCAGGGCCAAAGAUUUGAAGAAAAUUGUCUCAAUGUUCUGGUGGCAGUUCAGCAGGAAUCUCCAACUCAAUGACAUAGAGGAUUCUCUGUUGAGGCAGUUGAAGUUUAUGGCAAUUUCUUCACUGUUACGCCAACGAAAAGCAAUGGCAAAUAGAGGAACUGGCUGGGAUCAAGUUUACAACAAAUUAAUCAAAAGUGACUAGACAAACUAUAUAUCUGGUUAGUCACAUGUGAUUUUGUAAUCCGUUUUAUUACUCUAGAUGGCUUCUCUAGACAAAUCUUUGUU